AUUUUAGUAAAACAAAUGAUCACAUCAAGCAGAGUAUUUCGAAAUAUUCAAACUCGUUUGUCUCUUUUUAAGUUGCCUGUUUCAGUCUGGGUCAGGAAGUUUGAGACCGUGACAAUUUCAACCAGUUUCCAGUUGCCAACGAUUGAUUGCCACCAAUAUCUGCUUCAAAGUUUCGAGGAAAAUAUUACCUGUCGCGCGGCCGCCAUCAUGUCGCUCCUAGCUUACAGUCACGUAUACGCCAAGAGGCAAUGACAUACUUUUAAAUCGGCUGAAUCUGAAAAUACCGAUCCAAAGAAUGAAUUUUAAUUCGACGCUUAAUGUUUCUACUUUUCAGAAGCGGCGCAUCACCGAAGAGAAGGAAGGUUUCAUCGGCGAUCUUGACGCACCUGCCAGAGGUAGCCUCAUGAUUCUAAAUAUCAGCCUCGCCAUCUUGGGAAACUUUUUCAUCGUUCUCACUUACUGCCGCAAUUUUAAAAUGCGAACUGUCACUAACACACUAGUGGUCAGCUUGUGCAUCUCCGAUAUGCUAUCUGCGGUAGCAGACACGCCAUAUUGGAUUGCUUUUCUUGCUAAAAAAGACCUUUAUAAUUCCAAUUUUGUUUUCUGUCGGCUGAUGCUUUCGUUUGGAGAUUUUUUCAUAGUUGCAGCUCUUCUAAACAUGUGUGGAAUUGCGUUAGAUCGGUUCAUAACAUUGGUCAAAGGACUUCGACGAAAAAUCACGAGAAAACGAGCACGAAUCAUUGUUUCAUGGCCGUGGUUGCAAGCACUUAUUUCCGCAAUUCCCUGGUGCUUGUCGGGAGAGAACUGCAAAGAAAGGUGUCAUUCGUAUUUUCCUCAUAUUUACGAACCUGAAAUCACACCACGAACUAUCAACAUCAUCUUUAAGAUAAGUCAUUUGGUCCUGCCGAUUUUCAGUAUCUACUAUGUAUUUCUUCGUAUUCUAAACUCUGUGCGAAGUAGCCGCAAAGUUAAUUUAGAGAACAGUUACAUUUCCCGCAACAGCAGUGCUGAAAAGUUCGCCGUAGAUGCAUACAAGCGUUCAUCGAAAACAGCUAUCAUCCUCUUUACUAUGUUCCUGUUUUGUACAUUGCCUUACUUAGCGGUCACCUUUUACUCUAUUGUGACGGGAAAACCACUAACUGAUUUCAAGGCUGGUUUCGCCAUCUAUUUCAUUUUCUCUCUUAAACGGUCUCUUUUCCCUGCUAUUUACAUAUUCAGAAACAGAAUGAUCUUGAGCUAUCUACAAGAAACGUUUCGGUGUUCAAUUUGUGGAGGAAGCUCUAAAUCUGAUAAUGCGCGAGAUUCAUUCGUUUAUACUUCCAAUACCAACAGUUCCUGCUUUGUUCUGUUUUGUAGAAAAUCAUUUCGUUCGCGAGUACAUCCUACUGUCUACGACGGAGAUCACCAGCAUUACCCCAAGCAUCUUGAUGUGUACUUUGUAGGAAAUGUUAAAGACACUAAAGCAAUCAUUGAGGAUCAGUUUGUUAAUAUUGUGGCAAUGGAAAGAAAAGACAACGAAUGUGAGUCGCGCGAUGCCGACACUUAACGAGAACCUAACGAGUAAUAAGAAAAAAUAUCGGCGACCUGAAAGUGUUAAAAAAACGAUUGAUGGACUUUGCGAUCAAAAACUAACUUUUUGAAACAUUAAUUUAUCAACUGUUAAAAUUAUUUAUUUAUCUACCAUCGUCACCUCGGCGCGCAGUUUUAAUUGAAAAGGAUAGCUAUCUUAACACUUACUUAGUACUACGUUGCAGAAUUGUGCAAAAUUUCGAUUUAAAUUCUUUGGGAUUUUUAUCUCUGUAAUGACGACUUCUUGGUGAUAACAUACAGUAAAAUCCGUUCGAAUCAGGGACCGAGAAGACAAAGAUUAUCAUUCACCUGUCAAACCAAAGCAGCUUUCUUUCUCUAAAAAAGGGUUUUUGGUUUUUUAUCGCUGCUAAUAAUUUCCCUAUAAACUAUGAGUAAUUUUCUGGUGAUGGUUUUAAAGAACUUUCAGGUUUCUCAUUUUAUUCGGUCAAUUUAUGUGGGCUCUGUUCUCCUUUCUAAGAAAGAGCUAUUUUCGUUUUGUCAAUGGAAUAUAAAAUCAAUGUUCUGUCCGAAGAAAUAGUUAAGCUCCUCUGGUUUAGCUUUUCAAAUCUGCGACGUCAACAGUUACUUUUUAAUCGGUUAUUCUGAUCAAAUAUUCAAGGUACAUGAGUCUCGAGAAAAGUUUUAUUUUGAUUUACAGCGUUAGCCUCCAUUCGACUAAAUGAAAGUAGUAGGUAUCAUGGUUAAAUACGAAUCUUCCGGCUUCAUUAAAAAGCCCCUCAAUUUAUGCACCAUUAAAGAUUUGCAUACAUAAUCACCGGAGUGAACCGAGCAGGUGCUUCUUCUGAUCAGGUGUCACUGAAAAUCCUUUCUUAGCUUAUGCUCUUAGCGGUAAAAUUUUAUUUUUCUUUUCCACUAACUUGGAUAUCGAUCACUUGUUCAGCAUAAAAAUUUUGACAGUUCAAACACAAUAAAACAAUUUUUUCUAGGGUAAAUAACUUUCUCCUUGAAACUGGUUACUCAUAUAAUUAUAUUUACAAAAAGGACAGGAAAAGUAUCAGCUAAGCCGUCCCACAAGCGACCAUGAACUACCCAAAAUGAACCAAAAUUUUCCCAGUCAAAGCUCUUUCAUAAAUUCAUUCAGAGAAUUUAUCGAGAUUCAAAGGAAAAAGAGAAACCUCAACAGAAUUUUAUUUUUCUUAAACAAUUUCUGAAGUCGUGGAACGAAUCAAGACUUCACGAGAAGAAAUUCCCCUGUUCAAAGGGAGGACAAUAGUGUUCUUUAAGGAGCAGUUUUGAACAGUGUUUGAGAUGAGGAAUUACGGAUUGAAGGUGUUUCGAUAUUAAUAGUUUUUCAGAGGCCAUACCGAUAUUUUUCAAUCGCUUUAAAAGUGAUUUCAUCCUUGUCGGAUCGCUAUAAAAUUUUCACCGAUGAUUGACUAUAGAUUGGAAAUUGUCAAAAUGUAGGUUUCAGUAAAAUCGAUAUUACUAUGACAACAAUAAACAAAAAACUUUGAAAUUGAUAAAUGCCUAUUUUGCGCGAUCUAGACUAGCUACUGAAAAUCCAACACUAGGAACUUAAAGUUUAGUGUUAAGCAAAUAACCUCCGUAAGAAGUAAAAAAUUCUGUAUGUUUGAACCCGACUAAAACGAAAAUAUAUUUCAAACCUUAAAUUUUCAAUAGCCGUGAUAGAUUAUUUAAUGAAAACGUUAUAAAUGAAUAAGUAGCGUCAGAAUGCUGCUUAAUAUCAUAUUUCCAUGCUAGGAAAUUUUGGUGUACUUUCGUUCUUGCGAUCUUAAAAACUAACCCGUUUUCUCACCACCUGUCUAAGCGCAACUUCAUUUAGAGUUGUGACUUUUAGCGCUUUUUCGUAUACUUGUGA